UGAAAUCCAGAGGGCAAAAAUGAUAACAAAAUUUUUUCUUCGUUGUGCCAUUUUCUACAGUAUUAUUUUUACACUCCAGUCUGUGCAGGGCAGCGAAGAGGACGGGCACUGCGUGUGGUACGGGCAGUGCAACUACGACAGCUCCCGCCAGAAGUACCAGAACUGCUUCUACAACGGCACGGCCCGCCCGCUCGCCGACGAAUCCGGCCUGAAGCUGCUGAGGAAGCGAUGUCCCCAUCUGGCGGCAGGCGAUGCGCCGCGCACGUGCUGCAGCCCGCAGCAGCUGCGGACCCUGGACACGAGCGUGGGGCAGGCGCAGACGCUGAUGAAGCGCUGCAACACGUGCUACCGCAACCUGCUGCGCCACCUCUGCGACCUGUCCUGCAGCCCGCGCCAGAGCCGCUUCAUGGAGCCCGCCGCGGUGCUGCCCGCGGGUGCCCCCGUCGACAGUGACCAGUUCGCCAGCCAGCUGACCCAGUACAUAGGCGAAGUGAACGUGUACCUGAGCAGCGAGUAUGCGCACGGAACCUACAACUCGUGCAGUGAAGUCUCGCUGGUUUCGUCGGGGGGGAAGGUGGUCGACGUCAUGUGCAUCAACAACGGGAUCACCGGCUGCUCGGCUGAAAGGUUUUUCGGCUACAUGGGCAGUUUGAAGGACGAUAUCUUGGCGCCCUUCCAGAUGAACUACAUCCUGGGGGACACCGCCCCAAGCGGGGUCACCCCUUACAACGAGAAGGCUGUGCCCUGCAACUCGGCCUAUGACAACUCCAGCCGGCCGUGCAACUGCAUGGACUGCUCCGCCAGCUGCCAGACGGGCGGCGGCGGGCCCGCCUCCUUCGCCGCCGCCGACAGCCGGUUCCUGGUGCUGGGGGCCGACGGCGUGCUGGUGGUCGCGUGCCUCGCCCUCGCGCUGCUGUCCUCGCUGUUCGUGCUCGCCGAGUGCCUGCUGCGGAGGAGGGCGCGCCGAGACGCUGCAGUCGGCACACAGAUGCAUUCAGAAGGUAGCUGCGGCAUCAAACUAUACAACAGGCUGAACUACAAAUUCGAGAAAGCUUUGGAAAAGGGCUUCCAGAAAUGGGGAACAGCCGUGGCGGCCAGGCCGUGGCUCGUGCUGAACCUCACCGCCUGGCUGGUGGUGGCGCUGGGGAUGGGCGCGCUCCGCCUGCGGGUCACCACGGAGCCCGUCGAGAUCUGGUCGGCCGAGCAGAGCGCCACCAGGACGCAGAAGAACUACUUCGACCAGCACUUCCGGCCCUUCUACCGCACCGAGCAGGUCUUCCUCAAGCCCGUGGGGCUGCAGCCGUUCCAACACAACGCCAGCAACGGCGAGACGGUUACGUUUGGUCCGGCGUUCCAUAAAAAGUUCCUUUUGGUUGUGUAUGAUCUGGAGCAGAAAAUAAGACAGAUCGGGCAGGAGGACGGCAGCGGCCUGGAGAGGAUCUGCUACGCCCCUCUGGUGCUGGACGGCAAGCCGACCCUGACGGACUGCACGGUGCAGAGCGUCUGGGGGUACCUCAAGUACGACCUCUCCUACCUCAACAGCACCACGACCAACUACCUCGACAGACUCAACUCAUGCAUGAAGAGCAGCUACGACAUGCAGUGCCUGGCGCCGUACGGCGGGCCCGUGGAGCCCGGCCUAGCCGUCGGCGGCUACCUGAAGCUGGGGGGCGCCUCUGGCUACAGCCUGGCCACGGGGCUGUCGCUAACCUUCCUCGUCGACAACUACGUCAACACGUCCAAGCUGGGGCCGGCCAAGCUGUGGGAGGAGAGGUUCAUCGCCUUCAUGAAGAACUGGUCCGCCACGGAGAUGCCCGACUUCGUGUCGGUGGCCUUCUCGUCGGAGCGGUCCAUCCAGGACGAGAUAGAGAGGGAGUCUCUGGGAGAGCUGUCCACGGUCGUCGUCAGCUACCUGGUCAUGUUCCUGUACAUCUCGCUCACCCUGGGGCGCGUGCGCUCCUUCAGGACCUUGCUGCUGGACAGCAAGAUGACCCUCGGGGUGGGCGGCAUCGCGAUCGUGCUGAUCGCCGUGAUCUGCUCCAUCGGGCUGCUGGGGUACAUCGGCGUCGUCACCACCCUGCUCACCAUCGAGGUGGUGCCGUUCCUGACGCUGGCCGUCGGCGUGGACAACAUAUUCAUCAUGGUGCAGACGCACCAGCGGGAGGGGCGGCGCCCCGGGGAGAGCCACGCCGACCACGUGGGCCGCACGCUGGGCAAGGUCGGCCCCAGCAUGCUGCUGACGGGGCUGUCCGAGUGCGCCUGCUUCGGCAUCGGAGCCUUGUCGUCCAUGCCGGCCGUCCACACGUUCGCCCUGUACGCCACGCUGGCGCUGCUGUUCGACCUGCUGUUCCAGCUGUCCAGCUUCGUGGCGCUGCUGGCGCUGGACGACCGGAGGCAGGCGGCGAACCGCCUGGACCUGCUGUGCCUGAAGUCGUCGAAGACGGCGGAGGAGACCAGCUCGCCGGGCCUGCUGUACGCCGUGUUCCGCGACCACUACGUGCCGCUGCUCCUGAGGCCGGCGGUCCGCCCCGCCGUGGUGCUGGUGUUCCUGCUGUGGCUGUGCUCCAGCGCGGCGCUCGUGCCGCACCUCGAGGUGGGCCUGGACCAGCAGCUGGCCAUGCCCACCGACUCCUUCGUCAUCAAGUACUUCCAGUACAUGGACGACCUGCUGUCCAUGGGGCCGCCGGUGUACUUCGUGGUGAGGGGCGACGUGAACUACAGCAGCGCCGCGGCCCAGAACACGCUGUGCGGCUCGGCGGGCUGCAACUCCGACUCGCUGAGCGCCCAGCUCUACCGCGCCUCCCAGCAGUCCUCCGAGACUUACAUUAUUCGGACGGCGUCUUCUUGGUUGGAUAAUUUUUUCGAUUGGUCCAACUACGAGGGAUGCUGCAUGGCGUCCACAGCACAUGGUUCAUUUUGUGAUCCUUCUGGAAACUUAGAGAACUGCGUGGUGUGCGCGGAAGAGCGGCCCAACGCCACGACGCUGGAGCGGUUCCUGCCGGACUUCCUUCUGACCAACCCGGGCCAGGCGUGUCCCAAGGGCGGUCACGGCCAGGACUCCGUGAGCAUGAACUACGUGCUGGAUGAGAACGGACUAGCUCACAUAACAGACAGUUACUACAGUACCUUUCACGUGACCCUGAAGACCUCGAAAGACUACUACACGGCUCUGAAGAUGGCGCGGGUCGUGGCUGCCAACAUCACAAAGAUGCUUAAUUCUUACAUCAAGCCCAAGGAACCUAUUGAAGUAUUCCCGUACAGCGUGUUCUACGUGUUCUACGAGCAGUACCUGACGAUCUGGGCGGACGCCUUCGCCUCCAUAUCCCUGUCGCUGCUCGCCGUGUUCGCGUGCACGCUGCUCGUCACGGGCUUCGACGUCUUCUCGUCGCUGCUGGUGCUGCUGCUGGUGGCCAUGGUGGUCACCAACCUGGCGGGCUUCAUGUUCUGGUGGCAGAUCAACCUGAACGCGGUGUCGCUCGUCAACCUGGUCAUGUGCGUUGGGAUCGCGGUGGAGUUCUGCAGCCACACAGUGCACGCCUUCACGUUAUCCACGCAGAAGACGCGUCUGAACAGAGCAGCAGACGCUCUCACCAACAUCGGCAGCUCGGUGCUGUCCGGCAUCACGCUGACCAAGUUCGCGGGCAUCGUCGUCCUGGCGUUCGCCAAGUCGCAGAUCUUCCAGGUGUUCUACUUCCGCAUGUACCUGGGCAUCGUGCUGAUCGGCGCGGCGCACGGGCUGGUGUUGCUGCCCGUCGUGCUCAGCUACGCAGGUCCUCCAUGUAAUCCAUUGAGGACCAAACCAGAGGUCACCGCGAAUGGGACGAACCACACGAAACCAACUACUACUACGGAUGUCCGAAAUGAAGACUGAAAAUAAUAAUGACAAAAAUAUUUGUGGUGUUAAUACGUUGCAUGAAUAAACUUCCUUUUUUGCAUAUUUUAUUUUCAAAUAAUUUCAAAAGUUUUAUGCUGUGGACACACUAACGCUUUGUUGAAUCACCUGAAGCAGUUAG